GCGAAAUAAGCGUUCAGAAAUCCACAGCAGGGCAGUACUUUUUUAUUGGGACCAACCAAAAUGUCGCAGAACAGUGAGGUUUUGAGAUCUCGGAAACUGGCAAGGUGUCACACAAAGCACCGGGUGGAGGAGAAAGUGUGGGGUUUUGUGGCUGGAGCACAGGAUCCGAUUUGAUUCUGUGGCUGGAAGCACAGCUAAAGGGGGAGCAUGCCAGCAGCCUCCAUGGCUCAAGAUCCAGAAAAGCUUCAAGCAGAGGUGGAGCGACUGGUGGCUGAGCUGCAGGAGGCAACCCGAGAAAAAGUCCAGGCUGCACAAUAUGGGCUGGCUGUGCUGGAGGAAAAUGGCGAGCUUAAGCAGCGCUGUGGUGAGCUGGAAGGCCAGUUGGAGGUGCUACGCAUGGAGCUGGUCCACAUGAAGGAGGCUUUGGCAGAGUCCCACAGCAGUCACAAACGGGCAGCAGCUGAUGGCGAGAGCCGAGAAGAAUGUCUGCUCAGAGAAACUGCUUCCAAAGAAGCCUGCCUGACUCAGACCAUUGAGGAGCUUCAGAACAAUGUAAAGCAUCUGAGAUCCCAGCUGGACAACAAUGGGGUAGAAAAUGAACGUAUUGGUGUGGCUCUGCGGGACUUGAGGAAGGAACGCCAGAUCCUAGAAUCCGAGAAGGCCCGGCUAUGUGAGGAGAUGAAACAGGUCAAGACACGGGAGCUGCGUCAGUUGCAGGACUGUGCUGAACUUGAAGAGGAGAACAUCUCCCUGCAGAAGCAGGUCUCCGUGCUCAAGGGCAGUCAGGUGGAGUUUGAGAGCAUCAAGCAUGCCCUUAGCUGCCGAGAGGAAGAGCUGGUGCUUGCUGGGACUCAGCUGCUGGAGCUGGGUCGUCUCCGGGACCUGGCAGAACACCAGCUUCAGGAGGCACUAGAGGCUCUGCAGGCAGAGCGUGAGCAGAAGCAGGAAUUGCGGCGAGAGCUGGCCAUCUGCACAGGAGGGCGCCAUGACUCCCUAAGCAGCUUGCAAGCCAACCUGGAAGACCUUAACCACAGCCGUGCAGAGGAGCAGGAUAGUGGCUUUGCCAAUGCCAGUAGCAUUGGGAGCAUGGCUUCCACACCCCACAGCUUCCGGCCUGCACCUGGUCUUGUGGCUGACCUCUUCAGUGAGCUUAACUUGGCAGAGAUUCACAAACUGCAGCAACAGCUGCUCCAGGCAGAAAAUGAGAAGGCCUCGCUUGCCUCAGACCUGCAGGACCUUAAGAAACAGCUGAGCAGCACUCAGGAGGCUCUAGCUCAGCAACAGCUGUGCAACAACCAUGAGGUGGAGCAGUUUCAGACCUUGGAUGCUGGCCCUAGCAAUGGCGGGGACCACCCAUCACCCUGUGAGAGGGAGCGCUGCCAUGAAGAGUUAGAAAAGGCCCAGCUGGCAGCCCAGCAGGAGAGGGAGGCAGCUGCUCAGUUAGAAACGGAGCUGCGGGUUGCCCGAAGGAUGGCACGGGAGAGUCAGUCACGGCUGGCUCAGGCCCAGGAGGAGCUCCUGGGUUUUUCUGAGGAGAUGGCUGCUCUGUAUCAUCAUGUUUGUGCCUGCCACAGCAUCACCCCUCAGCGUGUUGUGUUGGACUAUUACCGGGAAGGCCGUGGAGCCCGGAGCAUGUGCAGAAGACGGUCCUCCCGAAAACUCCUACUCACAGAAAUGGAGACAAGCAGCAGUGGGGACCAGUCCCCAGCCAGCAGCCCCAGUUCCCCCUGUGGGUUGGAGCCCCUCAAUGUGGCCAACCUGACUGCCGUCUUGCGAGAACAACUAGGGCACCUGCAGGUGGUGCUCUCCCUGGUGCAUCAGCAGGGCCUGAUGGGGCACAGUGCCGAACUGGAACGUGACAAGGAGGUGCUGGUGGAGGAGGUGCUGAAGCUGAAGUCCCUGCUGAGCACUAAGCGGGAGCAGAUCGCCACCCUGCGCACAGUACUCAAGGCCAACAAGCAGACGGCAGAGGCCGCCCUCUCAAACCUUAAAGGCCAGUUUGAAGGCGAGAAGGUGCUGGUGUCGGAGACCAUGGCCAAGCUGCGUCAUGAGCUGAAAGCCUUGAAGGAGGAUGCUGCUACUUUCUGCUCCCUACGUGCCAUGUUUGCCAGCAGGUUAGGAACAGGGGCAUCCCAGGGAGCUGUGUCUAUAGUAGAGAAGGGGCAGUGGGACAGAGGUUGGAGGUGUGACCAGUAUGUGAGUCAGCUAGAUGAGAUGCAGCGGCAGCUGGCAGCUGCUGAGGAUGAGAAGAAGACACUGAGUUCCCUGUUGCGCAUGGCCAUCCAGCAGAAGCUGGCACUCACACAAAGGUUGGAGUCUCUGGAGAGCCCGACUGAGAUGCCACGGGGCAGUAGCAGGAGGGCACUCAGGCCAUCCAAGGGUAGUGCGAGAUGAGACAGCCAGUAUCCAGUGCAGGAUUUCCAGGCACUUCUCAUUCAGUGACUUCCAUUGUGGUCACAGAACCCCAUUUAUUAUUUGCAUAACAUGGGGAAGCCUGGCACCUGCAAGAGGAGCCCUGUGCCAGCAGCACGCCUCCAGCCAGUGUUUGCUUCCUGCCCUCGUGCCUUAAGAGUUAUGUGAAGAUACACACACCUUUUCUCUGUUUGCCUCAGUGAUGACUUUCCUAAGCGCCUCUAACACUGUGCCUUUUUGUGAACUGUAAUGUUGGUGACACUGAUGUCUGCCUUAAUGACCAGGGCUGCCUGCUUUGGGUCCGGCUGUGAAAAGAUGGGUUCCUCCCUUCCCUUGAAUUUCCUUGCCCUGCUGUACUCUCCCAGGCCCAUCACUUCUCCACCUGUCUUCCCAUGAGGUUUUGCACAUAGUUAAUGACUGCAUGGAUUGUGGGGAGAAGGAAAAGUAGCCCCAUGCAGCCAUGAGGCAUGUUGUGAGAUGGGCCCAGCAGUGUCUCCUGUUAACCUCACCAUCCUGACACCGGCAGAAGCAGUUUUCUUUGUGGUGUGGGGCAAGAUGAGCCCCUGGUUGUUUGCCUCAAAUAAAUAAUUGAUUUCCCUGCA